CCCUCCCUAGCUUUGUGCCCGGCGCGCGGCGCCCCGUCUCCCCCCGCCCCCACCCCCAGCGCUCCUCCGGGCCGGGGUCCAGUACCAACCAAAGCAAUGUCUUACUACCUCAACUCAGAAAACCACCUAGACCCAGGACCCAUCUAUGUGAGAGAGAACGGGCAGUUACACAUGGUCAACCUGGCACUGGACGGCGUCAGGAGUAACCUGCAGAAGCCCAGGCCUUUCAGACUCUUCCCCAAGGGCUUCUCUGUGGAGCUCUGCAUGAACAGGGAAGAUGACACCGCCCAGAAAGAGAAGACGGACCACUUCAUCUUCACGUACACCCGGGAGGGCAACCUCCGGUACUCGGCCAAGUCCCUCUUCAGCCUCGUGCUGGGCUUCAUCUCUGACAAUGUGGAUCACAUCGACUCCCUCAUCGGCUUCCCGGAGCAGAUUGCCGAGAAGCUGUUCUCUGCUGCUGAAGCCAGGCAGAAGUUCACAGAGCCAGGUGCGGGGCUGCGGGCCUUGCAGAAAUUCACGGAGGCCUACGGGAGUCUGGUGCUGUGCUCCCUUUGUUUGCGAAACAGGUAUCUGGUGAUUUCAGAAAAACUUGAGGAGAUUAAGUCUUUCCGGGAGCUGACCUGCCUGGAUCUUUCCUGUUGUAAGCUUGGAGACGAGCACGAACUUCUAGAACAUCUCACCAAUGAGGCCCUAUCUAGUGUAACUCAGCUCCACCUGAAGGAUAAUUGUUUAUCUGAUGCCGGGGUUCGGAAAAUGACAGCACCCGUUCGUGUCAUGAAAAGAGGCCUUGAAAACCUAACGCUAUUAGACCUAUCUUGUAACCCUGAGAUCACAGAUGCAGGAAUUGGAUACCUUUUCUCUUUCCAAAAACUAAACUGCUUAGAUAUUUCUGGGACAGGGCUCAAGGAUGUCAAAGCCGUCAAGCACAAGCUCCAGACCCACAUCGGCCUCGUCCACUCCAAAGUGCCUCUGAAGGAGUUUGACCACAGUAACUGUAAGACGGAGGGCUGGGCUGACCAGAUCGUCCGGCAGUGGGAGCGGGUGACCUCAGAAGCCGUGAAGUCACGAGAACCGUCGGAGGCUCGAAAGGCAGCCCAGCACUUCUAUGGGAAGCGGGCUCGGACUGAAGCCGCCCUGAAGUGCCCCCUGGCAGAGAGCCUCGCGAACUCCGCCGAAAAGCUGCAGUUCUAUAAAGAGAAGGCCCCGGACUGCCACGGGCCGGCGUCAGGCCAGGAGUCCAAGAAAAGCAAGAAGAGAGCGUUCGAAGAGCCCGAGAAGGAGCAGAGCAGCUCUUCGCCGUCUUCGAAACAGAAGUGCGUGUGUCUGACCGUGGAGGACUGGGACUUGCUAAACUCCUACUGAUGGGCAGGCCGAGGUCGACCUCUCUCCUCCCCAGCUCCACUGUAUGAGGAAAGGGGACUGACGGCGUUUUCCUUUUUGUUUGGAUCUUCCUACGGCAUUAGCCUAGCAGAUAUUUCUACUUUUGUGGUGGGGGAGGGGGAACGUAUGUAAUAAUUUCUGAUGUAUAUUUUCAAUACAUAGUAAUUUUUUCAAAUAAACGUUUUUGCUGUCCUUAAGU